CGUCGGUUUAAAAAAGAAGACGGUAGUCAAGGGAAAAAAUUGUUUCAGUUUAUUGAUUUAUUGUUCAUGUAACAAAUCCGUGUAUGACUUUCAACUGGAAAGGUUUUAAAAUGCUUAAUAAUUCUGUCCUAGUUUGUUCAGGUGAACGUCUCCUUAUUUCAGCAGGUGGCAGUGUAUUCCUGUAUAUACCAACCUCUAUCUUCGAAGAAAGCUAGUAGGAAGUAAGCUUGUAUUUUUUCCAUUUUACCAGAGUAGCAUUCACAGGAUACUGUGGCAACCUAAUACCGGUUUUGGAUUAAAUUGAAACGUCAAAGAAAUGCCUCUGCCAAGAUUGUUGAUGGUGAUCACAGGAGACGAUUUUGGCUACUGCCCGAGAAGGAACCAGGGGAUUGUGGAUUGCUUUUUGGCCGGAGGCAUUUCUAAUGUAUCCCUGCUUGUUAAUGCCUCGGCUGCCAAAGAGGCAGCUGGCCUGGCUCGCAGACACAAAAUCCCAAUUGGUCUCCAUGCCAACCUGUCUGAGGGCACCCCUGUGUAUCAGCACCUCCAGAAGAUUUCCACACUCAUUAACCCUCUAGGCUUCUUUCAUGGAAAGAUGGGUUUUCGCCAGGCCUUGGAGAAAGGCCAGCUCAGCAUGAACCAGGUAGAGCUGGAGCUGAGGGCCCAAGUCAGGCGCUUUAUAGAACUGACAGGUCACCUGCCUCAUCACAUGGAUGGACACCAGCAUGUUCAUGUUCUGCCAGAUGUUCGUGAAGUGUUUGCACAAGUCCUCUCUGAUGUAAGGAUUCCAUUCACUCGUGUUCCAAUGGAGCCAGGUUUGCACAGCUGUCCGUGGGUUCCAGCACACCUCCACACUUUUUACAUGGAAGUGGAAAAGGAUGCCCUGGACUCUAUCCCUGUCUUCAAACACCAUGGAAUCAGGUGGCCAGACGUGUACUUGGGACUCUCCACCAUGGGUCAGAACAUGUCAGUUUCGAGCCUGCAGAGGGCUCUCAAGCAAGCUUUGGGAACAAGAACUUCUAAUACCAUCUCCAGAAGAGCACCUGACCUUCAUCAACCAGUCGUCACAGUAGAGCUCAUGGUUCAUCCAGGUUACCCAAGUCAUCCUGAUGAAGGUGGCUGUGGGGAGGGCCCAGAUGACUUCUCCCAGUCUGCUGAAAGAGAACAUGAGCUGAAUAUGCUCAGAAGUCCAUCUGUCCUGGAGCUUUACUGCCAGGAGGGAGUCCAACUCUGUGGUUUUAGAGACCUUUGACAACUGUUGUCAUGGAAUAGUACAGUUUUACACUUGUUGAUAAAGUUUAUAUAUGUAGAGUCAUCAGAGAUGUUUAUAAAACUAAUUGAGCCUGAAAGGUUUAAUUACAAGAACUUCAAAUCCUG